AUGGUGCAGCAAACCAACAACGCCGAGAACACGGAAGCGCUGCUGGCCGGCGAGAGCUCGGACUCGGGCGCCGGCCUCGAGCUGGCCAUCGCCUCGUCGCCCACGCCCGGCUCCACCGCCUCCACGGGCGGCAAGGCCGACGACCCGAGCUGGUGCAAGACGCCGAGCGGGCACAUCAAGCGGCCCAUGAACGCCUUCAUGGUGUGGUCGCAGAUCGAGCGGCGCAAGAUCAUGGAGCAGUCGCCCGACAUGCACAACGCCGAGAUCUCCAAGCGGCUGGGCAAACGCUGGAAGCUGCUCAAAGACAGCGACAAGAUCCCUUUCAUCCGGGAGGCGGAGCGGCUGCGCCUCAAGCACAUGGCUGACUACCCCGACUACAAGUACCGGCCCAGGAAGAAGGUGAAGUCCGGCAACGCCAACGCCAGCUCCUCGGCCGCCGCCGCCGCCGCCGCCUCCAAGCCCGGGGAGAAGGGAGACAAGGUCGGUGGCGGCGGCGGGGGCGGCGGCGGCGGCGGCGGCAACGCGGGGGGAGGAGGCGGCGGCGGCGCGAGCGGCGGCGGCGGCGCCAACUCCAAACCGGCGCAGAAGAAGAGCUGCGGCUCCAAAGUGGCCGGCGGCGCGGGCGGCGGGGCCAGCAAGCCGCACGCCAAGCUCGUCCUGGCGGGCGGCGGCGGCGGCGGCGGUGGCGGGAAAGCUGCGGCCGCCGCCGCCGCCGCCUCCUUCGCCGCCGAGCAGGCGGGGGCCGCUGCCCUGCUGCCCCUGGGCGCCGCCGCCGACCACCACCAUCACCACGCGCUGUACAAGGCGCGGACUCCCGGCGCCUCGGCCGCGGCCUCCGCGGCGGCCGCGGCCUCCGCCACCCUGGCGGCGCCCGCCAAGCCCCUGGCUGAGAAGAAGGUCAAGCGCGUCUACCUGUUCGGCGGCCUGGGCGCCGCGGCGUCCCCCGUGGGCGGCGUGGGCGCGGGCGCGGACCCCAGCGACCCGCUGGGCCUGUACGAGGAGGGCGGCGCGGGCUGCUCGCCCGACGCGCCGAGCCUGAGCGGCCGCAGCAGCGCGGCGUCGUCGCCGGCCGCCGGCCGCUCGCCCGCCGACCACCGCGGCUACGCCAGCCUGCGCGCCGCCUCGCCCGCCCCGUCCAGCGCGCCCUCGCACGCGUCGUCGUCGUCGUCGUCGUCCGCGUCCUCCUCCUCGGGCUCCUCGUCUUCCGACGACGAGUUCGAGGACGACCUGCUCGACCUGCACCCCAGCUCAAACUUUGAGAGCAUGUCCCUGGGCAGCUUCAGCUCGUCGUCGGCGCUCGACCGGGACCUGGACUUUAACUUCGAGCCGGGCUCCGGCUCGCACUUCGAGUUCCCGGACUACUGCACGCCCGAGGUGAGCGAGAUGAUCUCGGGAGACUGGCUCGAGUCCAGCAUCUCCAACCUGGUCUUCACCUACUGAGCGGGGCGCGCGGGCCGGGGAGCGGAGGGGGCCCGGGGAGGCGCGAGAGAGAACGGAGAGAGAGAGCGAGAGAGAGAGAGAGGAAAAAAAAAAAAAAAAGGAGAAACGGAACGGAUGAAGAGCCGAAAAAGAAAAGGGAAACAGAGAAAACGAAAACAAGAAAUGUUUGAAGAAGAAAAAAAAAAAAAAGGAAAAAGGAGUAAAACAGUGCGCAGGGCCGGCUGCGGCGCGCCCCCGCCGCCGUCGGAGCGGAGCGCGGGGGCGCUCGGACGCGCGCUCCCAUCCCCCACCCCGCGCCCGGCGCGGCCCGAGGCCGGACGGGGCGACCUUUUGGUGUUGUUCUUGAUGUUGUUGGUGAUGAUGGCAAAACAAGCUACUUCGAGUUUCCUCCCCUUUGCUUGAAGAGACCCCCUCCCCCCCCCGCACCUCCUCCCUUUUCCAAAAGAGAGCGAGCGAGCGAGCGAGCGCUUCCGGACUUGUCCGCGCCCCCCGCGCGCCGCCCGGCUGGGUUUUGGUGUUGUUUUGUUUUUUUUUGUUUGUUUUUUGUUUUUUCCCUGAGAGACUGAAGGAAUCUUAGCCCUCUCGCUUCGCCACCUGCCUGGUUUCGUUGGAUUUGUGUGGUGUUUUUCUCGGUCCGGAGCGGAGGGGCGAGUGGGGGGCGAUCCCGCGCGCCCCCGUCCUCGCUCGCUCGCUCGCUCGCUCUCCUUCUCUUUAUUUUCUUGCCUCGUGAAGACCAGGCUGCGGGGAGGGGGUGAUGGCGUCUGGCCGAGGGCAGAGGUUUUUAGGGGCGCGUUGGGGCUGGAAGACUCCACGCUGGCCAGUUCCCGCCCGCAC